GUCCUGCUGGAGGUGGUGUGGUUUUACGAAAUGAAUGGGGUCAAAUGGUUCUAGCUGGUUCAUACUACUAUGGAACUUGCUCACACAUGGAAGUUGAAGUCCUUGCACUAUUGGAUGGUCUACUUCUUGUGAAGGAUUAUGGGUUAGAAGUCUAUCCUUUGAUCAUAGAAACAGAUACUCAGGUUCUUGUGGACUUGAUCAAACAGAAUGAUAAAUGGUCUUGGAAAUUUUGGGCUCUUUCUCAGAAGAUUUUUUCUAUUCUGCAAAUUUUGAUUAUCGAAUACAGCAUACUUAUAGAGAAGGGAAUGCAAUUGCAGACUCUUUGGCCAAUCAAGGAGUCUGCAACAAUGCUUCUCAUAUUCACUCCUAUCCUAAUUCCCUUCAUCUACAUAUGCGACAACUACUACUACAGGAUUAGAGACAGAUUAAAUCUUUGCACUCUAAGGUUGAAGUCAUCAACUAGGUGUUUUAUGAUGCAACAUACAGAUAUGCAUGUCAGGUUCAUUAAGGCAGAUCAGAAUUAUGUCUCAAUAUGUUUCAGAAAUGCAUGCACAUCCAUCAAAAUCUCAAACAAGCAAUACAGUCUGUUUAUACAGUCCAGUCUUAUACAUGAUAUUCUCUCCAGAAGUAAAGACGAUCAAGAAGUAAAGAAUAUAGUAGGCACCUGGUUACCUCAGGAUGUAAUUGGAUUUUGGUAUUAUUGGGGUAGUAACUUGACAAAGUUUAUGGGCUCUGUUUGCUCUGCUGAGGCUGCUAUAAUUCCCUUAAUCUCUGUUCUAUGGCUCAAAGGUAUUCUGGAUUUUGAGGUUUUCUUUAAGGCGGCCUUUCUUUUCUCUGGUGCCCCUUCUGGCUACUCAUCUAACUGCUUGGAUCUAGUUUUCAAUGAGUGUUUGCUGGACAUUUUCUAUUGGCGAUUGUCUUUUCCAGGUUCUCAAUUGUCUGUUCAUGGAGAUUUUUUGGUGUCUCCAUCUGGUUGUUCAUCUUGCCUCUUGGCUUUCUCUCUUAAGACUCUGAAGCAACGGAAGACUACUGAUGCUUCCGACUGUUGGGGUUCUUGCUCUUCAGAUCUAUGGGCUUUAUAUUCUACAUUGGUCUUUGCCGCUGCUUCAUCUUAA